GAGAUUUUCUGCCGCGUACAAUCAUCAUCCACGUCAAAUUUUCGGUUCACCAGUGCUGUUCACUGUUCCCGGCUGCGUAGAAUGCUCGAUGAACAGAUGCAAACGCACGAGCUGUUCUCCCUCAGUGCUGGGGAUCACGGGUGAAAGAUAUGGAAGGCACUCUGUUUUCGGGGCGAUUUGCACUUUUUCAAAUAAGCAUAGUCGACAGUGACCGAUGGCCGGCUUGAUCACCGAUUAUUGGGCGGACCUACAGAAAAUCGCCGCGGCUCUGCUUGGUCUUCUCAGAACCUUGUCUUGUCGGGUGCUUUUACGCAACUCCAUCGGCCGUUUACCCAUUCGGGCCGCUUUGCACGCCUAAAAGAGCUUGCACGCGCCGCCACUGUGGAACGCAUACGUCUGAAUGUCUUUGCCAGCUGAAACACCUAUCCUCAUUGUCGGCGCUGGGCCAUGCGGGAUGGCAGCGGCACUCUCGCUGUACCACCAAGGCAUCAAGGAUGUGGUCGUCGUGGACGCCACUGAGCCGGGUAAGAACGCGUCGCGUGCCAUGGUGAUCCACGCCGCGACGCUCGAGGCUUUAGAGACUAUCAAGUGCAUAGACAUCAUCCUUCCACUGGGAGUGCAGGUCGGGAAACUGGGUGUACACGAAGGGUCGUCGUUCUUGCUUACCGCAGACUUCUCGUUGCUUGCCGACAAGACCAAGUUCCCGUUUGGUCUGCUCAUCCCGCAAUCGAGCACCGAGCGGGCAAUGUUGGAAAGGUUGACGCAGCUCGGGAUCCAUGUCUUGCGCCCUCUGAGAGUCGUGUCGGUCAAGGAAUGCAGCGAUAAUUCUGGUAUGCUGGAGGUCUCGUUCGAGUCUGGGGAAGUCAUCAAGGCAAAAUACGUCAUCGGAGCGGAUGGGGCGCAAUCAGCUGUUCGGCAUCACGCAGGGAUCGGAUUCAAAGACCCACACGGCGACGGACCACGCGACUUUGGCGACCUGUCGCAGAUGGCGCUGGGCGAUGUGUCGUUCUCCGCGCCACUUCCAGCGACCACGCCUCAUGCCAUGCUCCGUCUCGCGAACAAUAGUGCCAUGCUCGUCGCGCAAUUUCCCGACGGAACCUAUCCUAAUGCUACCAAAGCGGUGUAUCGCAUAACCAGUGGGAUCCCAGAGUCGAUGGGUGCGGCGCCGCACUCGCCCGAUGUCGAGUACCUGCAACGGAUGUUCGACCGGAUGGCUCCCGGGCUUCUGCGAGGUUCUCAGAUCGAAACCGUGCACUGGUCUUCGCGGUACAAGACGCGCUCGGCCGUAUCGGAUCGCCACUUCCAGCGCUUCCCCAGCGGUGGAAUCGUCUUCCUCAUCGGCGAUGCGGCGCACAUUCACAGUCCUCUGGGUGGGCAGGGCAUGAGCCUUGGCCUGCGGGAUGCCGUCAGCCUAGGACCUAUCCUUAAAGCACAUUUCGACGCGCCCGAAGAGGACAGCGGACUGUUGGAGUGGGCUCGAUGGAGACACGAGCGUGCGCUGGAGGUGAUCAAGCUGACAGAGCAUGGGAUUGGGUUGAUCACGUCGCCGCGUAAGCUGUGGGCCCCUGUACGAUGGCUUGUCUUCACCGUCAUUCGGAUGCUGGGAACCCUUCAAUUUGUGAGAAGAGCGGUCGCGUUCCGGACGAGUGGCCUGGCAGAGAUCUGAUGCCCGUUCGUCGCUCAUGUACGCGCUUGAUAGCCUAUUGCAGAGCAGAGGGGGCGGGGUGGUGUAAUCCUAUCUUUUCAAGUAGUUUUUGGGUUGGAGAGGGUCGUAGGUCGCUGGCAGCACAACGUUCUUUCGCGCUUACAUUCGCAUCUAUUUGUCCCGUUCGCCAGUCUUGGGCGGAUC